AUGGCGCGAAACCUAGGCUACGGUUAUGAUGCCAAGGACCCUUGUAGUCACCGUCCCUACGAUCCUCGUAACGACGAUAUCACGCCGCCGCCUGGCCCCCCUCCCGGCUACGACGAGAGGAGCCAAUUUGGCCAGCAGCAUCAGCGACAGAAAUACGGCUACGACUGCGACUACCACUCCAAGAGCGCCCACGGCCAGCAGCAGCUUGCCCCCCCUCGUGGAAUCGAUGGCUCCCUCCCCUCCCCAAUCGUCAUCCCCCAGCAGCGUAUGGGCUCCAAAGACCGCGGCUUUAUGGCCGCCUACGCCCCUUCCCUCGCGGCCAGCGGCAUCGACCGCAUGACAUUUCUCAAGUUCAUCGACGACGUCAACAUCGGUCUGAAGGGCAACAAGUACCUCGCCGGUGUCCAGGUAGUGGCAUUCGGUGUGGGAUUGACCCCCGUUACCAUUGUCAUGGGCGUCAGCGCUGCCGUCCAAGCUGGUGCCAUGAUAGCCAACAAGGCAGCUGUUCGAAACAAGACAAACAUGGUCAUGGACAAGUACAACAACGAAGUUUUCCGUCCCCGUGGCCUCUUUUGCAUGAUUAUGAAAUACGACCCCAUUGAGCGAGACCUCGCCGAUCUUGCUGCCCAAGGUGGAAGCCCCUUCAAGAAGCUCAGCAACCUGGUGUCGGGCGACAGUCCUGGCCGAUUAGUCGGUUUAGGCAAUCAACAACAGGGACCACCCAAGCAAGACCGCUUCCGCAAUCCCAUUUCUGACAAAGUCAAUGGCGAGAGCGGCUUGCCGACCGACGUCGCACCACUAGAGUACAUCCAGGACCGACGCGCCCACAAAGAACUGCUAUCCUCAUCCAGUUCGCUUUCCCGAGACUCUUCCCCCUCCUCCAACGGCGACAAGCCUCAAAAGGAGAAUAAGGCCUUAAAGGCAUUUGACUCCUUCAACGACUACCUUGAUCGACGCGCCCGCGCCAAAUACGCCGCCGAGAACGAAGGCAACAUUCUGAAUGUCCAGACUAAUGGAGGUUUCAGCAACCGCUUCCUCGACCCCAACCACCCGGCGACGAAGGGAGGAUUGAUUGGCCUGCUUUCCGGCGGCUCGAUGACUCCCGAUGCGGAAACGCGCAAGCGCAAGAAGAUGGCGAGGAUCGAGGAGGAGGAGAGUCGGGUAUACGAGGAGUAUCAGCGCCGCAUUGACGACGUUCACCGUUCGCGCCAGUGCCAGCGCGACACUGAUAGGGCCCUAAAGGACGUUGAGAGGGAUUACGCUCCACGCUUGGCCGAGUUCCGGAACCAGAAGAAGGAGAUUGAGGGAGGAGUGAGAUCUAUCAAGAAGGAUAUCCUUUACCUGUUCAUUGUCAAUCUACCCUCUGAAGCGGCAAUGGCCGAGGCUCAACAGAGGCUGGGUGGGCAGAACCUCGUGGCUAUGACUGAUAUUUAG